GAGGCGGGCCGGCCCCCUCCUCUCCUCCCGCGCGCCGCCCUCCCUUCCUCCGGUCCUGCAGCCAAUUAGACGGCCCCCUCGGGCGGGAGGCGUGGGGCGCUCCAUAAAGCGGCGCGGAGCUGUCACCCCGCGAGCAGGCUGCACACCGCCCAGGCUGAGCCGGUGUGCCGCAGACUCGGGCGCCUCGGAUCGAGGAGCGCGGAGGAGCCAUGGCCACCACCAACGGGGCCGUGGAAAAUGGACAGCCGGACAGGAAGCCGUCUGCCCUGCCGCGCCCCAUCCGAAACUUGGAGGUCAAGUUCACCAAGAUAUUUAUCAACAACGACUGGCAUGAAUCCAAGAGUGGAAAAAAGUUUGCCACAUACAACCCUUCAACUCUAGAGAAAAUAUGUGACGUGGAAGAAGGAGAUAAGCCCGAUGUAGACAAGGCUGUGGAGGCUGCCCAAGCUGCCUUCCAAAGGGGGUCGCCAUGGCGUCGGCUGGAUGCCCUGAGCCGUGGACGGCUGCUGCACCAGCUGGCUGACCUCCUGGAGAGGGAUCGUGCUAUCCUGGCUACACUGGAGACCAUGGACACAGGGAAGCCAUUCCUUCAUGCCUUCUUCAUUGACCUGGAGGGCUGUAUUAAGACCUUCAGAUAUUUUGCAGGGUGGGCAGACAAAAUCCAGGGCAAGACCAUCCCCACAGAUGACAACGUGGUAUGUUUCACCAGGCAUGAACCCAUCGGGGUGUGUGGUGCCAUUACUCCCUGGAACUUCCCCCUGCUGAUGCUGGUGUGGAAGCUAGCGCCUGCCCUCUGCUGUGGGAACACCGUAGUCCUGAAGCCCGCGGAACAGACUCCCCUCACCGCCCUCUAUCUCGGCUCUCUGAUCAAAGAGGUCGGGUUCCCUCCGGGUGUGGUGAACAUCGUGCCGGGAUUUGGGCCCACCGUGGGAGCUGCCAUUUCUUCUCACCCGCAGAUCAACAAGAUCGCCUUUACAGGAUCCACAGAGGUUGGAAAGCUGGUUAAGGAGGCCGCCUCACGGAGUAACCUGAAGAGGGUGACAUUGGAGCUGGGAGGCAAGAACCCUUGCAUCGUGUGUGCAGACGCUGACUUGGACUUGGCAGUGGAGUGUGCCCAUCAGGGAGUGUUCUUCAACCAAGGCCAGUGCUGCACAGCCGCUUCCAGGGUGUUCGUGGAGGAGCAGAUCUACGCAGAGUUUGUCAGGCGGAGUGUGGAGUAUGCCAAGAAACGGCCUGUGGGAGAUCCCUUCGAUGUCAAAACCGAGCAGGGCCCCCAGAUUGAUCAAAAACAAUUUGACAAAAUCCUUGAGCUGAUUGAAAGUGGGAAGAAGGAAGGAGCCAAGCUGGAAUGUGGGGGCUCUGCCAUGGAAGACAGAGGGCUCUUCAUCAAACCCACUGUCUUCUCAGAAGUUACCGACAACAUGAGAAUCGCCAAAGAGGAGAUUUUCGGACCAGUGCAGCCAAUAUUGAAAUUCAAAAAUAUUGAAGAAGUGAUCAAAAGAGCCAAUAGCACUGACUAUGGACUCACAGCAGCUGUGUUCACCAAAAACCUGGAUAAAGCCCUGAAGCUGGCUGCAGCAUUGGAGUCUGGAACUGUCUGGAUCAAUUGCUACAAUGCACUGUAUGCACAGGCUCCAUUCGGUGGCUUUAAAAUGUCAGGAAACGGCAGAGAACUAGGUGAAUAUGCCCUGGCUGAAUACACAGAAGUGAAAACUGUCACCAUCAAACUUGAUGACAAGAGCUCCUGAAGGGAAGGUGGUCUUCUCCCUCAAUCGCUGGACAGCUGAAUGUGACAGAUCACACUUGCAGAAGGAAAACACGACACUACCAAUCUUCGGUGACAUUUCUUCUGGACACUUUCAAUC